AACAGUUGAAGCAUGGCUCUGCCGCGGAGCGCCGUAAACAGCGGCUGACGCCGGAGAAAUUAAUCUGGAGAGUAAAAACGUGAUUAAAAGAGAAUUAUGGACGAAUCAGAGAGGAUGGAAACACCGAUCAGCCUGCUAAAAGUCUCUGGUAUGGAGAAGAUGCUAACUGGGAGUAAAGGGAAUCUGUAUUCAAGCAGCCUGAUGGCUGUUUUCAGGUAACUGAGGUGUGUUUGGAAGUGUUGGGAUAAAUCCAGUUUUCUCGCUAAAUCAUAUAGAAAACCAGAGGAAUCCUAGAAAACAAGGACUGAGCCGGACUCGGGAUAAAUCAGUCGCUAGUUAAACCUUUCCAAAACCUCCUACAUGAGAAGAAGUUCUCCAAAUGAAGAAGAAGAAAACACGGCAGCAGGUUGGGGGUCACAACUCUUACUACCCGAUUCAGAUUAAAUGAGCAUCGCCGUCGGUUACCAAACUCGCAGACAUGCCCCACAACCUCAGCUCCAGAAUCGACACUCCAACCAACAUCUCCCUGAGCGCCGCCGUCACCGUCGCCGACUCGCUGGAGUACAAGACGAUCUCGGUGUUCCUGGUGCUGCUGGUGUGCUGCGUUGGCAUCGUGGGGAACAUCAUGGUGGUCCUCGUGGUCGUCACCACGCGCCACAUGAGGACGCCCACCAACUGCUAUCUGGUGAGCCUGGCCAUAGCCGACCUGACGGUGCUGGUGGCGGCGGGGCUGCCCAACGUGUCCGACAGCCUGACGGGGACCUGGAUCUACGGGAACGCCGGGUGCCUGGGCAUCACCUACCUGCAGUACCUGGGGAUCAACGUGUCCUCGUGCUCCAUCACUGCUUUCACCGUGGAGAGGUACAUUGCUAUCUGCCAUCCCAUCAGGGCUCAGACGGUGUGCACGGUGUCGCGUGCGAAGCGGAUCAUAACCGGCGUCUGGAUCUUCACCUGCGUCUACUGCAUGCUGUGGUUCUUCCUGGUGGACAUUCAGGUCGGCCAGGACGGACAUGUGCAGUGUGGCUACCGAGUGAAACGGGAGCUCUACCUCCCCAUCUACCUCAUCGACUUCGCCAUUUUCUACGUCAUCCCGCUGCUCCUCGCCAUCGUGCUGUACGGCCUGAUAGCGCGGGUGCUCUACCUCAGCCCUCUGCAGAGCCACACUGACACCAGCGCCACCACGCUGCGAAGGAGCUGCCGCGAAACAUCGGAGGCUGCGAGGUCGGCCCGGCAGGGCCGGCCGAAGACGGCGGUCUCCUCCAGGAAACAGGUGACGAAGAUGCUCGCCGUGGUGGUGAUCCUUUUCGCGCUGCUGUGGAUGCCCUACCGGACCUUGGUUCUGAUCAACUCCUUCGUGUCCACGCCUUACCUGGACUCCUGGUUCCUGCUGUUCUGUCGGACCUGCAUCUACGCCAACAGCGCCAUAAACCCGGUGAUUUACAACGCCAUGUCUCAGAAGUUUCGCUCUGCGUUUCGGGGGCUGUACAGCUGCCAGCGAGUGGAGGGGAACCAGCGGACGCUGUCCACCGCCCAGACCUGCUUUGGUACCGUUCGAGACCCGCGGCCUGCCCUGCACAACAGCAACCAAGUCAAUGGAAAGGAGACGCGGGCCGUCCUGGAGCCUUCCUCGGAUUCGACGUCAAAGCUCCACAGGAGCGAACAUGAGGAGACGGCGGCGGCGAACGGGAUGACGGCCGAUCAUCGACCAGACAGCGGCCAUAAUGGCUUCAGAAGAGAACCAGGAGAAACGCAGGAGGGAGGCGGUCAGGAAAUGGAUCAGUCAGUUAACAAAACACUUGGUUCUGCACAGAACCAGUAAAUAAUGUGAAUAAUGUAGAUACUUCCACAUUAUCAUGCUGUACCAUAUGGAUAUACUCAUCUUCUAAUACCUACCGAAUAUAUAAAAUACACACAAUUUUAAGAGGCUGCAGAUUUAUUUAUUUUUAUUUAACUGUAUUUAAUAACACUCAAAAAAUAUAUAUGUUACAAUAGUACAGAAGAUUAUUGUGACCGCUGGGAGAAAAAAACAACUUUUUUUAUCAGUAUUCUGACUUUAAUCUGAUCAAAAGUCAGAGUUCUGAGAUUAAAUUCAGUAUUGUGAGAAAGAACAGCAAAAUUCUGAGAAUUUCAAAAUUUUGAGAUAAAAAAAAUUAAAUUCUCAGAUUUAAGUCAGGAUUCUGA